CACCUGACCGGAGACAAGUCCUGGCAUUCCGUGGAGGCAAUGUAAGCAUUCCGGGACAAACGUCGUCGACAGCACAUUAAGGAGGAACAACUUGAAAUUACCAUAAAGACCGCAGAGGUCGGGGAGAGCAGGGAGCGGGAAGCGGGGAGCGGAAAGAGGGAAGCGGAGGGCGGAGCGGUAAGAGAUGCGGUCGCUUAACAAGUCGGCGGGCGAGGAGGAGCUGACUGGCCUCAAUGGCAACUCCAGCGACUCCAUCUAUACCAUCAAGAACAAGUGGAUCACCGACUGGAGCCUCAGAAAGGAGCGUGAUAAGCUGUGCAGCGUCCUUUUUAAGCGAGUCCUGACCCACACGGAGUGCAAGCGUCUUUUGGAGGCCGCCAAGAUCUAUGGCGAGAGCAGUGACUUUAGUUCCUGGUCGGUCAAUGAUCAGCUACAAUGGUACCGGAACUUCGAUGUCAACAAUACGAACCUUUUGCUGGGCGUGCGAAAUCACUCCUUGGAUGGCGGUUCCACCAUGUCGGAAUCCAAUUCCGACUCGGAGAUCCUCGGACCUGUGCUGCCUCCAUUUGCCCUGUGGCAGACGAUACUGAUUGCCAUUUGCCUGGCCAUCUGCAUCAUUCUGACGGUGGGCGGUAAUAUCCUGGUGCUACUGGCCUUUAUCGUGGACAGGAAUAUCCGGCAGCCGAGUAACUACUUCAUUGCCUCGCUGGCAGCCACGGAUAUGCUGAUAGGAACCGUUUCGAUGCCCUUCUACACGAUAUACGUGCUGAAGGGCUACUGGGACCUGGGUCCGAUGCUCUGCGACCUCUGGCUCUCCGUGGACUACACGGUCUGUCUGGUGUCCCAGUACACGGUGCUGCUGAUCACCAUAGAUCGCUACUGCUCGGUGAAGAUCGCCGCCAAGUACCGGAGUUGGAGGACGCGAACGCGGGUUAUCUACAUGGUGACGAUCACCUGGAUCAUACCCGCCCUGCUCUUCUUCAUCUCGAUCUUUGGGUGGGAGCACUUCACCGGCAAGCGGGACCUGCUGCCCGGCCAGUGUGCCGUUCAGUUUCUCAAGGAUCCGAUCUUCAAUACGGCCCUAAUCAUCGGCUACUACUGGACCACGCUGAUCGUGCUCUUCGUUCUUUAUGCUGGUAUAUACAAAACCGCCUACGAUAUGCAGAAGCGCAGUGAGGCCAAGCAGCGGAAGAUGCAGUCCAUGGUGGCCCUGAGUGCAGGUGCGAUGUCCGGGAUGGCAGGACAUGCGGCGGGCAUCGGGGUGAUCGAGGAGAAGAUCCUGAAGACGAAGGUGGAGCUAGCGGGCGGGGAUCAGACCGAUUUGGAUAGUGCCUGCACCACUGUGAUCAAGCGGCUGAGUGGUUCGGGUCAGGCGAAUCCCCUGGCCGCCGCUACGGAAAUGGAGGUGGAGAAGAUGACGCCGGAACAGCGGCGAGCUUCGGCGGCCAAAAUCCAGGAGGAGGCGAAGAAACGUGAGGCGGCCGUGGAUGCGGAGAAGAGCGAACGUAGCAGCAGUCCUGCCUUUGAUUCCGAUGAGGAGUCAUCCGUCAAUCAGGCCCAGCAGCUGAUCACCCAGCAGAAGCUGAACAACAUGCGCAAGCGAUCCUCGAUUGGCCUGGUCUUUGGGGCACAGGCCGCCCUGCUGGCCACGCGGGGCAAAGGUAACUUGCAGAAGAGCACCACCAACUCCAAGUCCAUCGAGGCCAUGCACCAGUACCACCACCACCAACAGCACCACCACCACCACAGCCAGAGUCCGUUGCAGCGGGCGCAGAGCAAGGAAGAGGUGCGCUCCCUGCACCACCAUCAGCAGAAUCAGCACCACCAUCAGAACCAAAACCAAAGUCCCGCACCGCUGGACCGGCCCAAACGCACCUCCUGCUCCCAACUGUCCCAGAUAGCCGAGCAUGAUCGCUUGGUUGACCUCUCGUCGACCUCUCCUGCCCUGAUCAGUGAUCCCCUGUCCCCCGUCGAUUUGGCACCCAUUGAGGUGCCCAGCGAUGAGGUGCAUCAGGGUCUGGUGCAGACCAUCCUGCCGCCCCCCGACGCCUUCCAGUGCCCCACCCCGCUGUCCGAGGACUAUUCGGACCGUCCCUUUGGCAACAGCUCGGGCAAUAGCGAGCUGGCCUUGACCUAUGACCUGAUGACCAACUCGGAGCUGCGCUACAUGGACGAGAGCUCCAUGGCCAUGGUGUCGAAUGCCAAUACGACGAACUCCCCGAACGACAGUGCCCCGGGCGGGAAGCCACCUCCAGUCCUGCCUCCACCACCGCCCGCCCGCCGAAAUCCACCAAAACCAAACCUGAAUCAAAGCCACAGUCAAAACCAGAGUCCCAGCCAAAGUCAAAGUCAAAGCCUGAGCCUGAGCCUCAAUCUGAACCCAAAUCACAACCAGAGCCAAAGUCAGAGUCUCGAGGAGGCGGUGGCCAUUGAAAAACGUCUUCUCGUCUCGUACACAGGCAUCGAGGACUUUGCCAAGGUCAGGCGGGAGAGCUGCAUCGAGGCCAUCUGCCUGCUGGAUGUGCCCGGGAAGCAGGCGGCCGACUGCCCACAUCGCCGGGCCUCCAGUCCCAUGGAGACGAGCAGCAAGGAUGCGAUACUCUACUCCCCGAUGCCACCGAGGCCCCUCUCGCCCAAGGUCAAAACGGCGACCACGCCCCAGUCGUCGGCGGCAGCAACUCCUCCGCCGCCGCCGCCGCCGGCGAUCCUGGAACGCAUCGAGGAGCGGGAGGCGUCGGAUAGUAACACCAACAAGAUGGCCUCCACCUCGGGCACCACCAGCGGUGCAGGCGAAAGCGAGGCCAGGAAGGACGACGCCCAGGAGGCGGAGGAGGCGGCAGCCAGGGAGGAGAAGGCGGGUCUGGGGGCCAGCCGGAACUCCAGCAAGCGGGCCUUCAUCCACUCGAUAGGCAAGCACUUCAAGAGCAAGAAGGCCCUGCCUUUGAUCCUCGGCGUGGGCGGGAGGCAGAAGUCAAAGUCCGAGAAUCGUGCCCGCAAAGCGUUCCGCACGAUCUCGUUCAUUUUGGGCUGCUUCGUGGCCUGCUGGACACCCUACCAUGUGCUGGCCCUCGUCGAGGGUUUCUGCCGGCAUCCGCCCUGCAUCAAUGAGCACCUCUACAUGUUCUCGUACUUCCUGUGCUACGCCAACAGCCCCAUGAAUCCCUUUUGCUACGCUUUGGCCAACCAGCAGUUCAAGAAGACCUUCACGCGCAUCCUCAAGGGGGAUCUGCACAUGACCUAAGCUGGUUUAGGAUCUAGUUUUCUUUUAGUUGCCGGUGGUUGAGCUCUGAUCUCUGAUGGAUUUCUGUUUGGCACUGCUCUUAAGCUGAGAGGACCAGGCUUUUGUGAGCCCCGAGAGCCUGGCGCCUACGAAACUUCCCAAAAAUACCAAUCCAAAAACCUCCUUAGGCCCUUAAGUUUUCUAUACAUAUUCAACCCAACCAAAGUGCUCCGCUAAAUGGAAAAUCCUCAGGGUAUCUCGGCCACCUGCGAAGUAUUAGAACCGAAAACAUAUUAAAUUCAAAAUUUAAUCGGUGAGAAAGAGUUAUUUGUAAGUAGCCAAAGGUGUGUGCAAUAGUUAGAAUCGUUUGGGGGGGAUUAAAAGCAGGCUAUCUGGUUUGGGAUCUAGAGUGGCACUAAGUGGGGCGAAAUGUUUUAGACAAUAAAUAUUUUAAUGUUAAUAACCAAUCUAUGAUAACCACGCAGAAUACAUAUAUUAUGAUAGCUAAUAAUAUACCAUAUAAAGUGAAGUAAGCCUAAGCAUAUACACAUUUACCGAGACUAGAAGCCACACAAACCGUAACACUCAAACAUAUCCCUAUAUUCCGCAGAAAAUAUCAAUCAAGAGCAGACAUAUUAAAGCCCUUU